AUGCAUUACUGGACAAAGCAAGAAGCCAUGGCAUUUCCCCAGAGUCCAAAGAUCCAUUUGGGGACGGAAGGUCCCGAUGUCUCCUGGAAGCUACAGCCCAGAUUUCACAUCUGCACUAACAUCUCCGUGAACCGGCAGCACAUGGCAGGCAACAUCACAGAGCUGGCUAUUUACAAGAAGGAGAAUUAUGACAAUAUUCAGCCAAAUGCUAAAACAGUGAAUAAAUCCCAGAAGAUCUUGGCAAGCUCUCGGCAAGUGCAUAAAACUGCUGCUCACGUGGUGGCCAGGAGUGCUCCCGAGGAGACCGUGACCAGCAGCUUUGCCUCCUUCAUCCAUGCGGUUCGGCCCGAGCACUUGACCAAGACCGUCCGUUACAGAAGCAAGAGGAUGAUCCUCGACAGCAUUGGGGUCGGCCUCAUGGGCAGCACGACGCCUGUGUUUGAUAUUGCUCUGCAGUACUGCCGGGAGCUGUACUCUUCAGUUGCCGUGAGCUCCGUCUAUGGCAGGCCAGGCAUGAAGCUCUCCCCGACGCUGGCCGCGUUCACCAACGGUGUUGCGACUCACUCCAUGGACUUUGAUGACACCUGGCACCCUGCUACUCACCCAUCUGGGGCUGUCCUGCCGGCUCUCCUGGCUGCUUCCCAGAUGCUACCUCCAAGCACCAAACCCAAUGGCCUGGAUUUCCUCCUGGCAUUUAACGUGGGCCUGGAAGUACAAGGAAGGCUCAUGCAUUUCUCCACUGAGGCUCACAACAUUCCCAAAAGGUUCCACCCUCCUUCAGUGGUUGGUACCAUGGGCAGUGCAGCGGCCACGGCAAAACUGCUCUCCCUCAGCAUGACGCAGUGUGCCCACGCUUUGGGCAUCGCCGCCUCGCUCGCAGGGGCACCCAUGGCCAACGCCGCCACCCAAGCCAAGCCAUUGCACAUCGGAAAUGCCACCCGCCUGGGCUUUGAAGCGGCGCUGCUGGCUGCCCGAGGGAUGGAGGCUAACCCUGUCAUUCUGGAUGACAUCCCUGGUUGCUCUGGGUUCAGCGCUUUCUACAGUGUCUACCAGCCCAAGCCACUGUCCACACCAAGUGACCAUCACGAGUUCCUCUUGGAGAAGCAGGAUAUCGCUUUCAAGCGCUUCCCAGCCCACCUGGGGAUGCACUGGGUGGUGGAUGCUGCCUUGUCUGUCCGGAACCUCUUCAUCAACUAUGCAGGGUCCUUCUCUCCCUCUUUGAUCCGUACCAUUGUGCUGAAGAUCCCAGUGUCAAAGUACAUCAACCGGCCUUUCCCCAGCUCCGAGCACCAGGCCAGGCACUCCUUCCAGUUCAAUGCCUGUACAGCCCUGCUGGAUGGCGAGGUGGGCCUCAGCUCCUUCACAGAGAGCAGCAUCCACCGGCAGGAGCUGAGGGAGCUGCUGGACAAAGUGGUGGUGGAGCACCCUGAAGAUAAUGUGGCCAACUUCGACAAGAUGUAUGGAGAGGUGGCGCUGCUCCUGCACAGCGGGGAUGUCCUCACAGGCAAAUGUGACACUUUCUAUGGGCACUGGAGGAAGCCUCUGAGCAGAGAGUCGCUCCUGAAGAAGUUUCGAUCUAAUGCCUCUCACGUUCUUCCUGAAGAAAAAGUAGAAACCAUCAUCACUAUGGUGGACAACCUGGAGAAUAUGUCAGAUAGCUCCCAGCUGGCCUGCAGCCUGUGAAGGAACAGCGAACGGGUUCUUGAAAAUGGACUUAUUCCAGUGAAACUCUGAUUCCUUUCUUCAUUGGUGCUUUACUAUUCAUUUCCAAUGGCAGGAAACUUCCUACCCCUUGAAGUCAAAGUAGACGCUUUAGUAUCAGAGGAGCCCAUGAGGCGGAAGGUGUGUCUGUGUGAGCACUUAUUACACAGAUUGAGUGUUGACUUACGUUGA